AUGUUUUCUCUCUCUCCUAAGCCCUUGUCGUCUUACUCCUCCCUUCGCAAAACCCUAAACCCAGACCCCAAAAACCCCAAAGCAAAACCCUUCAUUUUCCACCAUAAUCCCUCUUACAUCACUUCCACACCGAAACCCAGUUGCCAAUCCGAAAUCCAGACCGAAAGGGGUCUUGAAUUCGACACCGGAGACACCUUCUUCCGCCAUGAAAGCGCCACCGGCCGUGACCUCGGCGUUCUCGCCGCAGCCCUGUACAAGAAAUCCCAGAACAGUAUUCGGGUUCUUGACGCAAUGUGUGGAUGUGGAAUUCGUUCUCUUCGGUACUUGGCCGAGGCAAAUGCUGAUUUUGUGUUGGCAAAUGAUGCUAACGACGAGUAUGGGAGUAUUAUUUCGUCGAAUUUAUCGAAAAUUUCGAGGGGUUUUGGGGGAGAGACGAGGUGGUUGGUCACACAUUCGGAUGCGGGUCGGGUAAUGACGGAGUGUUAUUUGCGAAGGGAUUAUUUUGAUCUUGUUGACGUUGAUUCUUUUGGGAGUGACUCGGAUUUCUUGAGGUCUGCUAUUGGUGCUGUGAAGUUGGGUGGGUUGAUGUAUAUUACUAACACUGAUGGGUACUCUGCUGGCGGUCAUCGGCCUCAUCAUGCUUUAGCUGCCUACGGAGCAUAUGUUCGCCCCAUGCCAUUUGCCAAUGAGCUUGGUUUGCGAAUGCUUAUAGGUGGGGCAGUGCGAGAAGCGUCUGUACUAGGUUAUCAUGUUGUACCACUUUUCUCCUACUACUCGUACCAUGGACCGGUGUUCAGGGUUUUGCUUCAAGUGAACCGAGGAAAACUUCCCAGUAGCAGACAUUACAGUUUCAUUGGCUAUUGCAUCGAGUGUGGAAAUUCUCAAGAGUUUUCAUGGACAGGACUAGGUCAGAUCAGUUGCCCUUGCAAUACAAAUGUUCCCAAUUCGCUUGUUGUUUCAGGGCCUCUUUGGACGGGACCUCUUCACAGUGCAACCUAUGUUACCGAAAUGCAAAAUUUGGCUGAACAAUGGGGAUGGAUAGGCAAUGGUAUGGGAAAAGAUCUUGAAAAACUAUUAAAUUUGAUGAUCGAUGAAAGUGACCCCAGAUUACCAUCGGGAUACAUCAAGUUGGACGAGGUAGCAAGCCGUGCGAAAGUGAAUUCUCCUCCACUCACGACCUUCAUGAGCACCAUCCACAAGGAGGGAUAUGCUGCUAGUAGAUCACACAUUGCCUCCAACGCGAUUAAGACAAACUGCCCCAUGGUAGAAUGUAUUAGGAUUGCAAAGGAUCUCCGACACUGAUGAAUGAUUCUUGGGCAAAUUGGCUGUGUUAAUAAAAGUGAGUGGCUGUGAAAGCUGCCGUGCAAGUCUCAACCCUGGCCGGAAAAAAGAACAUGCUAGUCUUGUGCAGGCUUGAAAUGGGCUCGCUGGCGUAUCACUCUGUUCAAAGAGAUGGGAUGAAAGCUGAAACCUGAGACGUGCACAUUUAACUGCAUUGGUGGUGCCAGAACUACAACAUUAACCUAAUCGAAUUCUAGGCAUCCUGCAAUAGGCUCAUAAGCUGGGAAAUUUGUGAAUUUUGCAAGAGACUGCUAGCAACCUUGGCGGGGAUAAAAAGCUUAAAUCUCAUUUGUUGUAAAAACACCAAGCGCGUAUGGCCAUUUGCUAUUUUUUAAAAUUUGGGUCCACAAGUUGCCCUUCUUACACG